GCCAGAAGUCUAAUCAGAAUCAGAUGAGCAGAGAAGUCCAGAGCCAGAGUCAGUCUGGAGCUCAAAUGCAGGGUCCUGGGUCCAAAUACCUGUCGGGACCUCCAAACCUGACAGGGCCCAGACAGUCUCAACCACCUGGACAGGUCAUCUCUUUGUCUCAGAACUCGCCUGUUAAGCAGACGGGGUCACAGACUCAAGGGACUUCUGGUAAUCAAGCCGCAGUGAAUCAAAUUGGCGCCACCGGCAACAACAAUAAUAACAACAAUGGGAAUAACAUUAAUAACAACAGCAACGACAAACAGAAUACUGUUGUUAACGCAAUACCUGGAAGUGGUCUCCAACAGAGUGUCAGCAACAACAACAUGUUCAACCCAGGGGGAGGCAACACCGCUCUACAGGCCCCACCCGGCACCGGUAACGCCCAGUUCAACAACAACAUGGGCAGCAGGGACAACAUGCUCAACAACUUCGGGGGCACUGGUCAGUAACUGUGGACCUUUCACAAUUAUUUUUUCGUUCUUAUUGUCUGGUGCUAUUAUAGUAUUAUUUGAGUUUUUGUUUUGUUUGUUUUUUUGUUGCUUUUUUUCUAAUCUUUUCUUACCAUUGUCCUCUCCCAGCU